AUGUCUCAUAAGAAAGGCUUUGAGGCUUUAAACAACUGUCUGAAGGAUCUAAGGAAUUCAAAUUUAUUAAUGGGAGGAGUCACAGUACUGCUAGCUGGAGAUUUUCAACAAACUCUACCAAUCGUACCCAGAGGAACUCGAACUAAUGAAAUCGCAGCAUGCAUCAAGUCUUCAUAUUUGUGGCCUAAAAUAGAAAAACUUUCUUUGACCAAAAAUAUGCAAGUACAUUUAAAAGGAGACAAGACUGCUGAAGAGUUUUCUGAGCUACUCUUAAAAAUAGGAGAUGGAAAAUAUCCAGAAUGUGAAGAAAAAAUUACUUUGCCGACAAGAUUAGGUAGUAAUUACAUCAAUUAA